AUGUCCCAUGCACAGAUGGAAACCCGGGAGAUCCUCAAGUUCACGAGGAUGUGCAAGUACUGGCAAGCAAAUCGGUGCACCCUUGGAGCCGACUGCAAGUUUGCGCACUCCGAGUUACAGUUGAAAAGUCAGCCGGAUCUGGUGGGAACGCAGCUUUGCUACCAGUUCACGCGGAAAGGUGUCUGCAAGAACGGCGAGGCAUGCAAGUUUGCCCACGGAAGAGCUGAGCUUCGUCGCCCGGAGAAGCGCUGCCGCCAGCCGGGGAAGAUCCCGCCUCGGCAGCCUCCCUCCACGAUCAACCAAGAGCCGGACCACGUGGCGCCAACCUCGGCCAUGUUCGCCUUCCGGCCACCCCCUGGGCUGGAACGCCGGGCCCCGGCCGCGCUCCCGAAAGUCUCGAUGCUCAACGCGGAGGAUUCCAUGCUCGAUCCACCGGCAACGACGCCCAUGGGCUACAUUCUGAGCUCCAUGCACUUGCCCCUCACUCUGGAAGGGUUCUCGAAAAUGAGCCAGGAGGCAGAGGGAACCGAAAGCGCCUCCACCGCAUGGCUUAGUGGAUGCUUGUCUGACAGUGAGCCGGCCAGCCCAAUGAGCGGGCGGUUCUGGUUGUGA